AUGAAUGCGGCCAACAAGAAGAAACGACGAACCCAUUACAAGUCACGCAAAGGCUGCAGUGAAUGCAAAAAGAGACAUGUCAAGUGCGAUGAACAACGGCCCAUUUGCCUUCAGUGUUCAACACUGGGUCAGCCAUGUUCAUAUGCGUACCUAGACCCCUAUGGCGGCGGCUCAUCCAGUCUAAAUGCCGGCACCCUCAGCCAGUCGCCGUCGCCUCUCGCCGCAACAGAAUCACCACCUCAAUCAUUGCCAGGGGUUGGCCCUCAAAUUGAGAGCUCAAUACCAGCUCAAGCGCCCAAACAAGUCUUUGAACUGAGUCACCUGGCGUUGCUGCACCAUGUCGAAACUGGAUUGACGAAACCGCCUCAUUCGCACCUCGUGACCGAUGAGAAGGACGCAGAUGCGCUUGUGCGAUUAAUGGUCACGUCGGCCCUCUCGUCACCGUUUCUCAUGGACGAACUCCUGGCCUUUGCCGCUGCUCACCUGAGCGUGCUCACCCCGGAACCCUUGGUACAAGACCAAUACCGUGACCAGGCGGCGCAUCUCCAGGCGCGCGCGCUGGCUCUAUUUAAUGCUGCCGGCACGCCCGAGAUUACCGAGCACAACUCCACGGCCAUGUUUCUUUUCUCGUCGAUAAUUGGCAUGCAUAUGCUCUUUGACAUUGUGACGGCCCAAACAGACCUCCAAGACUUGCUAGAACGAUUCAUCCAUUUUGCCGGCAUCUAUCGGGGUGUCGGUAUUGUCACCGGGCCUGCGUGGCACAUUAUCCGAGCGAGCGAACUGAGUUGCAUCAUCAAUCUAAUUGAGACGGUAGACAAGCUCAACCUUCCUGCUGAAAACACCUGUGACGAUCUCAUUGCCCGUCUCGCUUUGACUGAAGAGCGGUUGGGUCCACUGUCCUACAGAGCAUGCCACGAUGCCGUUCAAAUAUUGCAAUGGAUUUUCAAACAGCAUUGCGCUCUCCCGACUCCCAUCAAUCGACAGGUUGUCCUCGCUUGGCCGGUACGCAUCUCCCAGGAUUUUCUAGAUCUGCUGCGAAACCGGCAGCCAGAAGCCCUCGUCAUCAUGGCUUACUGGGCCAUUUUAUUACAUCGCGGACGAGAGUUUUGGGUUUUCGGCCAAGGUGGCAGAUCUUUGUUCGACGCUAUAGACGGCUUCCUAGGUCCUGCUUGGUCCGAAUGGCUGUCGUUUCCAAGAGCAAUCAUUUGCUUGGAUUGA